GGAUUCCCCGAGUGGAAAGAAACCAUGGAUUCUUGGGGAAACAAAAUGCUAGAUACAAUUAUAACGGUAGCUGAAAUGGCAGCUUUUGGAUUUGGACUGCCAAGGGAUGGUUUCACAUCUCAAAUGCACUUGGGCCCACAUAUCUUAGCGUCAACUGGGAGUGACCUCAAUAAAUAUAAUCAAGAAGGAACCGUUAUUGAAGCAUAUCACCAUGACCUUAACUUGCUAACUAUUCAUGGUAGCAAUAGGUUUCCGGGAUUGAACAUCUGGUUAAGAAAUGCAGCAAGAGUUGAAGUGAAAGUUCCUGUAGGAUGUUUUCUUAUUCAGGCAGGAAAGCAGUUUGAGUGGUUGACUGGAGGGGACUGCCUAACGUGCAAGCAUGAGGUUGUUGUCACAAAAAAUACAAUCAAUGCGAUCAAUAAAGCGAAAGAGCUAGAUCGUAGCUUAUGGAGAAUCUCUGCAACGUUGUAUGCACACUUAGCAUCAGAUGCAAUUAUGAAGCCAUUGGAUGCAUUCUUAAUGACAAUAAGGGCACACAACUACCUACCUGUAACUGCAGGAGACUAUGUUGAAGAGUAUGCUGAAACCAAUCCCAAUCCCAGUCCCAAUCCCAAUUGAAAUAAAUAACUUUAUUGGGAUCACAAAUGUAAAUAAAAUGUUCAUACAUUCUUAGGGUCACAGAUUUUCUUAGCUAUAUUGGGGUAAACACCAUUGGAGCAAUAUGAACUUCCAAUUGAACCCCAAUUUUUGUGGAAUACAUAUCCAAUUUGUUCAUGUUUUAGCAUUUUAAUUCUAACAUGUACGUGUCUUUUUCCUUGCCAAGUACUACAAAUAAAUAAUAUAA